AUGGGAAAAGGUGGAUACAUACAUGUGAAAGAGAAGAUGCUCGAAGACAAAGAAAUUGACCUCGAUGAAGAACCCUCCUGUUGUAUGAUGUGGUCGAAGGAGGAGGCUAACAUAGAUGGAAAUUUUGAAAAUGACGAGCAUAUAGAUAAACUAAAAACAAUUAAUGGCCACAUCAAAGACGGGACCUUACAGGUUGACCAUGACACUAAUUCCAUGAUAGUUGUGUUUGGAAAGGACAAAAGAGGUUAUGAAAGAGGAGUGGGAAGUCGAGAGCGUGAAAACGAGAGACGUGAACAUGAAAAGAAAAACAAACUGGAGCGUGAAGCAAAAGACAAAGAGAUUAAGGACUUGAAUGCCAAGAUGACACAAACAAAAGGAAUGAUUUUUCUUUUGGUGAGUCAAUUAGCUACCGAAGGGGUGAACUUAGAUUCAAAUGCAAAUGUAACAUCAUUGGUAACACCAACAUCUACCAUACCAAAAGAUGGUGAGAAAACAACUACACCUAAAUUACUAGCUAGGUGCAAAUUUGUCAGUUCUGAUUUGGUGCUAAAACAAGCCAUGCUCAAGAAGAAGAUUCAAAUGAAUUUAUAA